AUGAAACGAAAACAGACACAAGAGUCCCACUGUGAUGCAUGCGGAUCUGACGCCGACAUUUCCAGCUGGAUCUUCUGCGAUAUCUGCCGCCAUUGGACCCAUACGGCAUGUGCUUCGCUCUCAGACAAAGAGGUGGGCGACAUUUCUUCGUACCACUGUGCCAAAUGCGCCAAAGACCAUGGUCCUUCGGUAACCAAGCGUAAACUGAAGCGGGCCCGCGUGAAGAUUGACUAUGUUGCUCUCGACCAGGGCGACACGUUUGCUCUUGACAAGUCCAUGCAUCCGCAUGUGCCCAGCUUCGAGGAUUUUGCACCCGUGGCCCAGGUCAAUGGAAAGCAGGUGUACGUGGACGUCUUGGAGCCGGAGCAGCUAUCGAAGGAAUACAUUCUUGCCUCGGGCUUGCCGCGGCCCAUUCUUGUCCGGAGCGUCUCUGAGGGCGAUUGUGGUAUGCGUCUUCCCUGCGCAAGAGAAGACUUGCUGGUAUCGUACAUCGCCGAGAAAACAGGCGCAGAUGCCCGUGUGGAGGUGAUGGAUGUGCUUUCACAGCAGGGGGAGCCCUGGACGUUGGGCCGGUGGGAAGAAUAUUUCUACACGAAGCCCAGCGACCGAGAUCGCAUCCGCAACGUCAUUUCGCUCGAGGUCUCGGACGUGCCUGGUCUACAGGAGUUCGUGCGGCCGCAGAUGGUGCGGGAGCUAGAUCUAGUGGACAAAGUCUGGCAGUCGGAAGACCCGCGGCCCAAAGUGUUGGUGUACUGCCUCAUGUCUGUGGCCAAGUCUUACACAGACUUCCACAUUGACUUUUCGGGCACCCCAGUGUACUACACGGUGUGCCUGGGCUCCAAAACGUUUCUCAUGUUCCCGCCCACGCCCACCAAUCUCGAGCUCUACAAAUUGUGGUGCGGCGAGCCCAACCAAAACUUCUUGUGGUUUGCAGAGUACACACGGCGCCUCGACGGCCGGCAAAAACGGCCCGAGAACGGCUUCAAGGUGCUGUUGCAGCCAGGCGACUUGUUUAUCAUCCCCAGUGGCUGGAUCCACGCCGUUUAUACACCAGAAGACGCAGUCAUUGUUGGCGGCAACUACUUGACUUUGCGAGACAUUCCCAUGCACUUGACCAUCUACAAUCUCGAGCGAGACACACAUGUGCCGGCAAAGUACCGUUUCCCCAAGUUCUUCAAGGUCAUGUGGCUCGCCAGCUGGCACUACUUUAAUCAUCCACACGAAUUUGAGCAAGACUCGCUUCCGUCAGUGAAGCAGGAAUCUGCACACAAGGUCGGACGUGACAUCGCCAAGAUGCUUCUUUUGCAUUUGAGACAGCAUUACGAAACCAGCAAAACCAACCCGGCGGCACGGAAAAGUAUUCCGGUGCAUCUUAUUGGGAAGGAUGUCGAGGCGUACUUGGAGAAAUUCGCCCUUUGGCUGGAAUCCCUCACUUUCUAG